ACCACGGUCAUCUCUAGUCUAUCCGUCAACUCAAUCUCACUUCAUCUCCAAGUAUGACUCGCACACAGCGUGCAUCCUCACCUCGUGCAAUGAGGAAGGACAGAUCUCUGUCCAAGUCUGGUUAUGACAAGUCUCUCCGCAAGGACGGCGCGGGGCGACACAACUGGGGUUCCGUUGAAGACGAGCAGGACCUUGAGCGCGAAGCGCUGGAGGAUGCUGAGAUCGACAAUGAAGAGCUUGCGGAAGUCCCACCAGACGUCAAUGCCGCUGUCCGUCCUGCUGUAGAUGGUCCACCAGAGGCCACGAGUACCUCUCCAAGCAGCGAGGAAGACAUUGAGAAGGCACGCGAGUUCCGUGCGAAGGGCCUCAAAGGCGAUGUCGACCUCGCGUCUAUUGCGCGCACGUCCGCGGGUGCAAGUGCCAGCCCACCAAAGGCUCCUUCUCUCGAAGUCACUCGCGAUGCUGAUACCAACGCCAUUCCUUGAUUUAUCCUUAUUAACUAUCGAGCCGAUUUGCUGGUAAAGAGAAAGAUUGGACAAGCUGAAGUAAUUGAAGUGUAUUUUGUACCCCGUAGUCGCUGCCGAAUUGAAUUUGAAGUCCGCUUUCGA